AUGGGAGGCUUCGCUCGCCAGACGGUCGUCCUCUCGCUAGCCGCGCUGCAGCUCGUUAGCGGCUUCGUUGUCCCAGAUACGUCUCCCUUUGAGAUCCUCGCUGCCAACGCUAAUGUCAAUGCUUCGGCUUCAAAGGCCUCGUCUGCACAUUGGUCGAGCAGCCUUCAAAUGGCCGUCGACUACUAUCCCUCGCAAUGGGACGCCAAGACGUACUGGGAGGAUGAUGCCGCGAAGAUGCGCCAGGCCAACAUCACUCACGUUCGCAUUGGCGAGUUCGAUUGGGCUCUCUUCGAGCCAGAAGAUGGGCGCUACGACUGGUCAAUCCUGGACCGCUCCUUCGACCUCCUCCAUCGCCAUGGUCUCAAGGUCAUUCUCGGCACGCCUUCAGAGACGCCCCCGCUUUGGGCCGUCAAGAAGUACGACAUUCUCGGUUGGGACGCCAACAGACGUCCGAGGCUCUUUGGCUCUCGUCAUCACUUUUCCUUCUCUUCUCAGGACUACCGUAAGCUCAAUAGGCGCAUCACCCAGGCUCUAGCUCGCCGCUACGGACGGCAUCCUGCCCUCAGUGCAUGGCAAUUGUCCAAUGAGUACGGCUGCCACUCGACGACUCGCGACUAUUCGCCCUCGGCUAAGAAGGCGUUCCAGAAGUGGCUCAAGGAGAAGUACGGCAACAUCGAGGCGCUCAAUAAGAGGCAGGGAAGGGUAUUCUGGAGUAGCCAAUUUGACUCCUUCGAGUCGAUUGACGUGCCGACGCAAGAAGUCACCGAGUCCAACCCCGCGCUGCGGCUUGACUUUUUCACAUUCUCCUCCGACCAGGUCAUCUCCUUCGCCAAAGAGACUGUAGACGCGAUUCGACAAUACUCUAAUCAGCCCAUCACCACCAAUUUUAUGGGUGGAUUCGUUGACUUUGACCUCUUCAAGUUCCAACAGGUGAAUCAGCUUGACUUCUCGUGCUUAGACAGCUAUCCACUCGGUAAUGAGCAGUCUCAGCCGUGGGAGAGCGAUGAUAACAAGGCCAAGUACCUUCGCACGGGCUCUCCCGACUUCCAGGCCCUACACUUUGAGCUCAUGAGGGAGAUGGGCAACGGCGGCAAGUGGGGGGUCAUGGAGCAGCAGCCUGGCCCCGUCAAUUGGGCAGCGGUGAAUCCGUCCCCUCUCGCCGGCAUGGUCCGCCUGUGGAUCCAUGAGAUGUUCGCCCAUGGCGCCUCGCUCGCCAACAUCUUCCGAUGGCGUGAGGUGCCCUUUGCAGAGGAACAGAUGCACGCUGGCAUGCUGCGCUACGACAACGAAGAGGAUUUGGCCUUCAAGGAGCAGCAAGAGGUGAUUGCUGAGCUGAAUCAGAUGCAAGAAGCUGGCCUGCUCGACGCUGGCGAGGGCAAUAGCAGCGCUCCAACAUGGGCCAAGGACAGUGGGAGGGGCCACUCUGAUAUCGCUCUCCUCUACGACUUUACCGCCCCCUGGGUCAUUGAGGCCAACCCGCAAGGCGGCACUUGGGACACCAACACGUUCACCGACUUCACCUUUGUCUUCUUCCAGCUCCUGUCAAACUGGCACUCCGCUAUUCGACGUCUCGGCCUCGAUAUCGACGUCGUUGGCCCUUGGAGUGACCUGUCCAAGUACAAGCUCAUUGUUGCGCCUACCUUACCCCUCAUUGGCUCUGAGCUGGAACAGCGCCUCAAGAAGUACAAUGGUUCUCUCAUCGUUGGACCGCGGACCGCUUCGAAGGAGGGCACUCUCAGCAUCGCCGCGGGCUUGCCACCUUCAGCCGGGGCGCUGCGUGAGCGCAUCCCCAUGAAGAUAGUCCGAGUCGAAUCUUUGCCUACGAGCACAACUGAUCAGGUGACGAAUCAAGUUGACGGCUCGUCGCACAACGUCACGGCCUGGUCAGAAUGGCUUGAAUGCUCGCGAGAUGGUGAAAAAGCCAACGGUGGCGUUGACUUUGUCUUCAAGGGAUAUCGCGACGGCUCACCGGCAUCAUGCAAGCAUACCACCGAUGACGGCCGUCAGACGACAUACAUUGGGUGGUUUGCACAGCAGGAUGCCAUGCUCCCCCUUUUUGCCAAGGCGGCUGCAGACGUGGGCAUCAAGACGCUCGUUGGUACGACUCCAUCCGCUACGGAUCUCGACCUCGGCGACUCUGUGCGCAUGAUUCGUCAUGGGCGAGCGCUUUAUGCAGUCAACUAUUCGCCGAACGAGCACGACGUCAAGAAUCUUCCCGCCGAAGCUAGCCUGAUCUUUGGCGGUGUCGAUGGCGACGCAGCGAAGAUUGCACCUGCUGGAGUGAAUCUAUACAAGCUCUGA